AUGGCGUCAACCCAAGCCCUUGGAGAACUUUCCAAGUCUAGCCGCCUCAUCUACCGAGCCCCAGAAAGCUCCGAAGAGGACAUUGCAUUUUUCCACAAUCACAUUGUCAACGACGAUGUAAUCAAAGCACUGGGCGGUAGACGUCUCCCGCGCCCAUAUCCCAAAAAGGCCACAGAGGAAUUCAUCAAGUCAUUGCAGGAGUCCAUCCUAGGAGUGGUGAUAUGUCUUCCCCAAGACUCCCCCGAAGCAGAACAAACUUCCCAGCCAGUGCCAAUUGGCUGCGUGAGCGUGGUCAGUUUGACUGGACCGGGCUACGCUCAUCAUCGCAAUGCGAUGAUAGCAAUCUCACUUGCGGACGGAUUUCGCGGGAAAGGAUACGGUGGGGAAACUAUCAACUGGGCACUAGACUGGGCAUUUCAACAUGUUGGACUACAUCGAGUCACCAUCGGCGCAUUUUCGUUCAACCACGAUGCAUUGAAGCUUUAUAGGAAGCUUGGAUUUGUGGAUGAAGGUCGCGAACGCGAGGCUGUAUAUCACUGUCGCGCUUGGCAUGAUGUUGUUAAUUUGUCGAUGCUGGAGCAUGAGUGGGAAGUUUUGAGGGGAAUAGUGCCGGAUCAGACAGAUCGCACCCCUUCUCUUUUUGAAGCAUCUGGUGAAUAA